CGGAGCCCGCAGUCUCUUUGGAAACUUCUGCCAGAGGGGAAAGAGCUAGGAAAGAGCUGCUAAGGCUGUGGAGGGCUUUCCCCCCCUUUUUUUUUUCUUUUUCUUUUUUCUUCUUUUUUUCUCCUCGCGUUUGUAUCCCUUCUUCGAACUUCACGCAAAAUCUGUGAAUUUCGGAGAGGUGGUAGCAGAGUGGGAGAAAAGAAGUGUUAGGUAGGGUUCCAUGUAAUCUUUUUCUUUUUUCUUUUUUUUUGCUUUUGGCUGUUAAUUUCUUUCAUUUCCACAUUUUCCUCCCACCUCCUCGGCGGCCGCCAACCGCCUCUUACCUGCUCCGCGGCUGCCUGCGCGCGCCGCUGGGCAGCUGCGGGUUGGAAAGGAGCGAGGUGUGCUUUUAGAUCUUAAGCAAAUCUUUUCUGAAGACAAUUUCAUUUUUCCUCCCUCACCUUCACCUUCACCCUCAUCCCCUAACGCACACAGACACCCUUCUGCACAGCCUCCGAGCUCAUUAUUUCGGUGGUGGUUUUCGGGGUGAGCAAUUUGGUGGCUUUUCCCCACCCAGCCCUGCAAUUCUGACCGAAUCCCGUCCGCGACUGGCUGUCUGCGCCCGGGCUCGCUGCGUGCACCUGGCGCGGCUCCGCUUUUGCUUUUUCCCCUCCCAACCUGUUGCGAGUCUUUAAUCCUUGCAACUGGGGCUUGCACAGAUCUCCCUACAUUUUGCAAGUGUCUGGAGGAGGCCACCUUGCUCGACCUGCCUGAGAUUUUAAAAAGAGAGAGAAAUCUCCAGGCGCGCUCUUGGCCCCUUUUCUCCCGCACCCUCGCUCGCCUGCCCCGCCCCGAAGUAAAGGGAGACUCGGAGAAGAUGGUGCUCACCACGGUCCUCCUGCUGCUGGCCGCCUAUGUGGGACCAGCCCAGGGCCUGGGCUCUUUCAUACACUGCGAGCCCUGCGAUGAGAAAGCUCUCUCCAUGUGCCCCCCCAGCCCCCUGGGCUGCGAGCUGGUCAAAGAGCCCGGCUGCGGCUGCUGCAUGACGUGCGCCCUGGCAGAGGGGCAAUCGUGCGGCGUCUACACCGAGCGCUGCGCCCAGGGCUUGCGCUGCCUCCCCCGGCAGGAUGAAGAGAAGCCUCUGCACGCCCUGCUGCACGGCCGCGGGGUUUGCCUCAACGAAAAGAGCUACCGCGAGCAAGCCAAGAUCGAGAGAGACUCUCGCGAGCAUGAGGAACCCACCACCUCCGAGAUGGCUGAGGAGACCUACUCCCCCAAGAUCUUCCGCCCGAAGCACACACGCAUCUCCGAGCUGAAGGCCGAGGCCGUGAAGAAGGACCGCAGAAAGAAGCUGACCCAGUCCAAGUUUGUGGGCGGCGCUGAGAACACUGCCCACCCCCGGGUCAUCGCCGCACCUGAGAUGAGACAGGAAUCGGAGCAGGGCCCCUGCCGCAGACACAUGGAGGCCUCGCUGCAGGAGCUCAAAGCCAGCCCACGCAUGGUGCCCCGUGCAGUGUACCUGCCCAACUGUGACCGCAAAGGAUUCUACAAGAGAAAGCAGUGCAAGCCAUCCCGUGGCCGCAAACGUGGCAUCUGCUGGUGCGUGGACAAGUAUGGCAUGAAGCUGCCAGGCAUGGAGUACGUCGACGGAGACUUUCAGUGCCACACCUUCGACAGCAGCAAUGUGGAGUGACACGUCCUUCCCCGUGCGUCCCCCUCCCCACCCCCCAGCCCCAACUCCAGCCAGCACCUUUCUCUCCCCCCCCCCGCCCCCCCAGGACGCCACUCAUUUCAUCUCAUUUAAGGGAAAAAUAUAUUAUUUUAUUAUUAUUAUUAUAUAUUUGAGGAAACUGAGGGCCUCGGAAUCUCUAGCAAGGGCUCAACGGUAGAAAUGGCAACAACAGAGAUGCAAAAAGAGAGAGAGAGCGAGACCCCCUUUCCCCUUUAAAAAAAAAAAAGAGUUUCUUUUUGAGGCAAGUUGAAUGAACAGAGAAUGGAAAUGAGAAAUAAAAAGUGAGAGAAGGGGAGAAGGCAUUGGUAUAGAAGAGGAAGACAUGGUAGAGUUAAGGAAAGGAAGAAGAGAGGUACGUGGGUAGGAAGGAAAGGGGACCAGGGUCAGGGCUGCUCAGGUCUCGCCCUGGCUUGCAAUGAGGAGAGGGUUGGGGCCCCAGAAGGUGUGAUCCAAAAUGGGACAUUCAGUGACACCCUUGGAUUGUUUUGUCCCCAAUUUUAAUUGAUCUGUGGGGGAGAAAAGAAAAGACAAAAGAUGCCAGGGCCCCUCUAGGGUUUGUCUAUUUCUCCAGCCAGCAAUGUCGAUGCCCUAACCCUUCUCCCUCCUCCUCUUUCACUCACCGGGGAGUGAUGUCUCUCCUCCACACUUGUCAACAUUGAGAAGCAUUCCAUUCCUCUGAAAACAAAAUGUAUUCACAAUUGGGUGGUGUUUAAAUAGGUUUCCCUAAGCAGAGACUUAAAGGCAUGUGCAUCUUACACGCCUCCUGCAGGAGGUUAGAAAUCAACAUGCACCACCACCACCCCCCUUGGAAAGACUUGCUCUUCUGGGGUGACAAGAAAUAGGCUGAGGCAUGUGUUUCCAGCUCCUGCUUUUAUCCAGUUCACGACUAGUACUGCAGCCUCUGUGGCGGAGGAAAGGCUGGAAAAAGAAAAAAAGAAAAAAAAAAGAAAAAAGAUGGCCUUGUAUUUACCAACAAGGCUCCAUAUAGUCAUAUAUAGGCAUAUAAAUCUAUUUUCUUUCUUCUUUUUGUUUUCUUCCUUUCUUGCAAAGGCUUGCAAUACCUCUUCAAAGUAGUUCCUAAGGAGCAUGGACAUGCUUCCUCAUUCUGGGCAAACCAGGAACAUCCAUAUUGUCCUAAUACAACCCAUAUCAACCAGAUUUUCUGCCUCUAGGCACAGGUUUCCCUUGAGCUGUACACACAGCUCUUUAGGAGUCUUUUCGUGAUUCCCUCCCUGCUUACUGGAUACCCAACCAGCACUCCAUGGCCUGUGUCCCACACUCCCAGCUCAUUCCAUGUUCAGUCUUCAAGCCCUCAGGAAAUAACUGUGGCCACCACAUCAAACAAGCCUAACAGAUCCAAGUCUAAACCUCUGGUCCUGUCCCAGCCUUUCCCUUUAUCUGGACAGACCUGCAAUGUGAAACCCUCUCUUAUUCACCAGGCUGGCAGAGCAGGAGAGAAACUGACAAAAGGGAUGGCAAAGAGGGAGGUUCUAGGGAAAAGGUUUCAAUAGAAGAAAACUUUAGAUGGAGUAGAGGGACAGGGAAGCAAGAGAAAGAGGGAAAAGCCAAUAGAAACCUUGUGUUUCUGGCCUUAGAAACCCCUUUGAGAUUCAAGAGCAAGGAGAGAGAGAAAAAAGGAGUACUAGGUUAUAGGAUAGAAAUGAGCUCCAUCCAGGCCAUAGAACGAGGGAAGGUGGAUAAUUUGAGGUGGAUUUUAGAUUUGAAGAGUUGGGUAGGAAGACGAUCAGAUCAGCCAUGCAUGUAAAGGCCAAAAUAAUGUUUCUAAUGCCCCAGCCUCGGCCCACCAUGAAAGACUAAGGCCAAAGAGUUUUGCAAGCUCCACUCCGUCUACUACAGCCAGUCCCUCCUCCUCCUUGCUGAGGUGGCAGAGGGAAGCAAGGCUUAGGACAACCUGAGAGUGGAAGCUUCAAGGAGGCUGUCAUUUGACAGCCAAAUUUUGAUCCAAGAACAAUCCUCUCCACCAACUUGUUCAGCCAAUGAGAGGCCUCGGGACUGUCCUGUAAGACUGAAGAUGGGCCGCCACCAGAGAGGACUUGGACGCUAGUAAAGAAGGCCCUUAGUUGCUAUGGAAACAGCUCUCUCUGCUCUCCUGAUGGCAUGGCACAGUGAAGACUACUUCCAGCAUCAAACGUGGAGGACCAUAAAGAGUGAUGGCGAAGAAGCCAAUGUAUGUUCGUUCAUGAGAGCCUGGAACGUGAGGGUUGUCGCCUCCUGUUCUCCCAGACAGGACAGUUGGCUGGGGAUGGAAGAGGCGAUCAGUCUUCAUGAUGAGAUGAAGAGUCCGGCAGGGAUGGCAGCUGUGAGGACUUACUGAACUUUGAGGGGGGGGUGGCAUGUGCCAUCUCUCUGCACAACUGUCCCCAAGCCCCUGACUCAACACUUCCCUAUAUCUUAGGCCAGUACCCUAAACCCCUCUUCAUGAAACCCUUCUUUCUGCUAUUCUUGCUUUGGAUCUUGAGCAGUCAUCUAACUGGGAUCUGCCAAGUAGAUACUGGGGUGCUCUUCCCCCUAAGAAAAGACUGAGCCAGGAAUUACCUUAUGAUGCCUUGCCUGCCUCUCCCAGGCCUUGCCCUGAUUCCAGACAGGGGCAUUCUCUUUGCCCCACUGUUUGCUCAAGCUUGAAGCGGCCUCUGCCCAUGACCUAGGCUCUUCGCUAUCAGCCACAGACGGAGGAUGAUGGCUGUUUACUCCACUGCCAGACCCUUUGGGCUUCCCACAUUCAGCCUCCUAUCCCGCCCCUGUGAGUCUGUCCCUGGCUUGCAGGGGUUGUGGGUGGGGUAGUGGACCUCUCCCUAGAGGAUGCUGGACCUUCAUGAAUAGAGGGGGAAAAGUCUGUCCAAUGGGGAGGUCUAGCUGAGUUCAGGAAGCCACUGAGGUGUGUCAUGGUGAGCCUUUGACCCGCUCUCUGGUCCUGUAGAAGCUGAGGACUCUGGGUGUUGCCUGUGCCCAGGUCUACCCUCAUGCGAAGGCCUCUUCCAUCCCCAUAGAACUCAUGCCUCAGAGCAGUGGAGAAGAUACCUCUUGUCUUCCCCCAUGACUGUCAGGAAAUGGGGGGGGGGGGAGGACUAUUCAAGACUGAUUCUCCUUGCCCAGCCUACCUGGACCCACCUGGCAAAGCAGGGCACCUUGAGUGAAGGAGACUCAAAUAUAUAUAUUUUUUGACAGCCAGGCCUAGACACACUGGCCUGGGGACAUAAGCCCUGCAUAGGGGAGCCCAGAAGGUCCCUCUGUAGCCACUCCUCCUCUCCCCCACCCCUUCUUCCCAUCACCAUUUCUGUCACCAUGGUAACCUCCACUGAUGGAGGCAAGCCUUAACCAUCCUCCUCCCUCCACCCAGCUCCUUAGCAGUGACAAGCCCCCACUGGGGCCGCACCCCCUCCACUCACCGACUCAGACCCCCUAGAGAGCUCCGGUUGGGAAUGGGAACCUGAGAGAGGAGUGGGGGCUGUGGAGAAGAAACCUCGAGUCUUGGAGAGGCACUUUUCUGGUUUCCAAAAGAAAGGAGGCUAAACCUUGGAAGGGACCCAGUAUUUGGUGGGACAAAGGAUCAGGGUUUGACCAACCAGCAACCUGGGUGUUGUACUGUCCUUAUUUGAAA